AUGGCAACCAUUGAAGAAAUCAAAGAACAAUUAAACAUUGCACUUGAAAGUACAGAAAGCCAAGUUAAAGGAAGAAAAAAAGAGGUUGAAGAUGGUGAAGCUAAGAUGGAGGAACAGGAUGUAGGAAAACACUUGCAAUGGUUGAAAAACCCAAACUCUUUAUAUGUAAGGCUUACACUGAUCAUUAAGGAUGCAAAUACUUGGAGUGCUCCAUGUAUCUUUCUUACUGGCACAGCAGAACAAAAAGCAUAUUAUUGCUAUGAUCAGAAUGAAAUUCAAUCUAAUGAAAUUGUAACCACUUAUUACAUGACAACAUGGGAUUGUGAUGAAUUAUUAACAUGUGGAAAAGAAACUUGUGCAACUGUUCCAAUUAAUACAAUAAAAGUUCUUUUUGAAAAAAUAGGUG